GACUUUCAUGCCUAAAAUAGUUUUGGCUCAUUGAAAUUAAUUUAAUAAUUCUUGAUGAUGCACUUGGAUGCCGCGGCGCCACUUUCAUGGUCGUUAGUGAAAAGGCCUUAACUAGAUCAGUGAGUUGCCACCAAAGUACUAAUUGAACUGGAUUCGGGCUUAAAAGCCUCGUCGUGGUCCAAAACAAACAGUGGGAAAGCGCAAGCCAAUGCCGGCGCCCCGAAGAAAGUGAUUGCGUUCAGGUGUGAAAAUCCGAGAUGCUGGCUGCUCUCAGUUCUCAGGUAAUUCUCGAACUGAACGGAAGCAUAAUGAGGCUGCAAAUUGUGAUCGCUUAUCUGGUAUUAGGAUUGUUCCUCACUGAGCUGCAGUUGUGUUUCGGAGGAAGCCACCUGAAGCGCUUAAGCAGAUCACUGAUAUUUCCCCCAACGAGUCCCACGCGUGUUCAGUUUAUCGGCGGCAUUGGUAUUCCCGUGGAAAACCUGCACUUUGAAUCGGUGACCUCGGGCUAUGUGCUCAAGGCGGAGUACUUUUUGCCCACCAACUCCACGGAGAUAACGAGAGUGUAUCUGAAGCCGCAGGACAUAACGGGACGGGAGGAGGACAGCUCCUCCAACUACGGAGCGCUCUACCGCUGGAUUAUUUAUCGUGGCAUUGAGAUGGUCAUCGAGAACAUGGGCCUGCCGGGCAGGAGCUGUCUCCUGCGGCUGAUUUGUGAGCACGCGGCGUUGCCGAUGGACCACGAGAGCGGGCUGCUGGGCGAGGUCCUGGACAUAGUCCUUACCCCAUCCAGUUCAGUGGACCAGCUGGGACACAGCUCGGAUCGCGAGUACCACAAAUCGGAGCACUAUGGCCGGCGGGGCGGAGACUGUCGGGCGGCCUAUGCCAGCCGGUGCCAGAAGUCGCCCAUGGAGCUCAUCAGCCUGCUGCUGGAAGUCAAUGAAUAA